AAAAAAGCCCAUAAUUUAAGAAAUUAAAAGAGAAAAAGAUAGGCCCAAUAAAAUGGUAUUUGAGCCCCAACCUAUGUCCUAAGCGUUUCUGCUUUUCUCUCCGGUUUCCGACAACACUUUUGUCUUGGUGGUAUUAUUAUACCGCCGCGGAAAUCAGAUUCUCUCUCCAUAUCACUAACUUCAAAAGAAGCCCACUUUCGCUCCUUAAGAACAUCGGAAUAUCAUCGUAAUCUAUGGCGGAGAAGCUCGAGCCGGAAAAGGUUUUGUAUUGUGGAGUCUGCUCUCUUCCAGCUGAAUACUGCGAGUUCGGUCCAGAUUUCGAGAGAUGCAAGCCAUGGCUCGUUGAAAACUCCCCCGAUCUCUAUCCUGAUCUCCUUAAAGAGGCUAAUGAGAAGGCAGCAGAUAAUGUCUCUGAUAAACUCCAGUCCGUGGGAAUCUCUUCAGGUGGCGCUGAUGGUGCUCCCUCUUCUUCUCAGACUGGAGGGGGGACAUCCAAGAAGGAGGAAGUGAAACGCCUUCCUGGGGGGAAACUAAAAAAGAAAGAUAGACAAGAAGUUAUUAUUGAGAAGGUUGUGCGCAACAAGCGCAAGUGUAUCACCAUUGUGAAAGGACUAGAACUCUUUGGGAUAAAACUUAGUGAUGCGUCUAAAAAACUUGGGAAGAAGUUUGCCACUGGAGCAUCAGUUGUCAAGGGACCAACUGAAAAGGAGCAAAUUGAUGUCCAAGGAGAUAUAAUCUAUGACAUUGUUGAAUUCAUUACAGACACCUGGCCCGACGUACCUGAAAGAUCCAUUUUCUUCAUUGAAGAUGGAAAGAAGGUUCAAGCUGGUUGAUGACCAUCCUCUGUCCUGUUUUUUUUUUCUUUUUGGGCAUGGCAGGUUCACGUAGACAAGCUAGUUUCAUAUUUCUCGCUUGUGUUUUUGAGGAAAACAAUAGCGUGUAGUUGGAUUAUCAUAUACUAUUUUCUUUCUCGGGUUGUGAUAAUUCCUGUCAGGUUUCUCCAAGCAUCUCUGUUUUUUGACAUUUAAAGUGUGCUUUGAAAUGACGAAUGUUUUCUUGGUAUCCUGAUCCAUUUUCAGCUUUCACCAUGUUAAAAUGAUGAAUGAUUUCUUGAUCAUGUAAGACCCAAGCAUUGAUGGUCGGCCUAUUGUAUAAAC